GUGUCUUAGAUUCCUCUCUUUGCACCCCUACACACACUUUCUCUCUCUUCCUUCCGUGCACAACGCACAACAACGUAUCAUAUAAUUAAUCUACCAUUCCAUUCAAGACUGUAACUUUAUAUUAUUAUUCUCCCUCACGCAUUUGCAAUCAUUAUGAACAACUCUACGUCUCUCUCUAUAAAUCCCUCUCUCACUCCUCCUUUUCGUUUACCUGCCACACAAACAACAACCCUAUCUUCUUCUUUUUCCACUUUCCCUCAGAACUCUCUUAGAUUUAGCUGUUUCCAAUCGUUUCGACCAAAACCCAUUAACCCCUUUUGCAGAAAAGCAAGAUUGUGCUCUCUGCAAGGGUCAACGAGUGUGAAAAGCAGAAAAAGUUUGGUGCUUUGUGCUACCAACAUGACUAUAGCAGAGGAUAGUUUGUUGCAGGUGGUGGAGGAGGAAGAGGGUCCUCCUGAUUUUGCUUUGCUUGAUCCUGAGGACAAUUCUAGGCCUCGUAGAAUUGCUCUCUUCGUUGAGCCUUCUCCUUUUGCAUAUGUCUCAGGAUACAAAAACCGUUUCCAGAAUUUUAUAAAAUACCUUCGUGAAAUGGGAGAUGAGGUGAUGGUCGUGACAACACAUGAAGGAGUACCCAAGGAAUUUUAUGGAGCCAAAUUAAUUGGAUCCCGAAGCUUCCCUUGUCCCUGGUAUCAAAAGGUACCCCUCUCUUUGGCACUUAGUCCAAGAAUAAUUUCUGCUGUUGCUGAGUUUAAGCCUGACAUAAUACAUGCAUCAUCACCAGGCAUAAUGGUUUUUGGUGCCCUUAUCAUUGCAAAGCUUCUGAGUGUUCCUAUUGUCAUGUCCUAUCACACCCACGUACCAGUAUACAUUCCAAGAUACACCUUUAGCUGGCUGGUGCAACCCAUGUGGUGGGUCAUAAAAUUUCUGCAUAGAGCAGCUGAUCUUACACUGGUGCCAUCAGCUGCCAUUGCAAAAGAUCUUGAAGAAGCUAGAGUAACAGCAGCGAACAAGAUUUGUCUUUGGAACAAGGGUGUUGAUUCUGAAAGUUUCCAUCCGCGAUUCAAGUCCCAUGAAAUGCGAUUAAGACUGAGCAAUGGUGAACCUGAGAAGCCCUUGAUAGUUCAUGUUGGACGGCUUGGAGUUGAGAAGAGUUUAGAUUUUCUCAAAAGUCUCAUGGAUAGGCUUCCUGAAGCACGAAUUGCCUUUAUCGGAGAUGGACCUUACAGAGAGGAACUAGAGAAAAUGUUUGAAGGCAUGCCAGCAGUGUUCACAGGAAUGUUAGGAGGGGAAGAACUAUCUCAAGCCUAUGCAAGUGGAGAUGUCUUUGUGAUGCCGUCAGAGUCAGAGACACUUGGCCUUGUUGUUCUGGAGGCCAUGUCAUCAGGAAUCCCUGUGGUGGGAGCGCGUGCCGGUGGCAUUCCAGACAUAAUUCCAGAAGACCAAGAUGGCAAAAUUGGUUACCUCUAUACACCAGGUGAUCUUGAAGAUUGCCUGAGCAAACUAAAGCCGCUUUUGGAUGACAAAGAGUUGAGAGAAACCAUGGGAGAAGCUGCACGUUUGGAGAUGGAGAAGUAUGAUUGGAGAGCAGCCACUCAGAAGAUUCGCAAUGAAAACUACAAUGCUGCCAUUUGGUUCUGGCGCAAGAAAAGGGCUCAACUCUUGAGACCCUUUCAAUGGUUGGCUCAACGUAUUUUCCAUUCUCCAGAUCCAGAAGCCAACACAUAGCGUGGUGAUUGAUGCAAAGCAAAUGCUUCUUUUGAGCUUUGGAUGGUUCUUUGAAUUGUUCAUUGCUUUGGCUUUAAGGAAGCCUAUUAUGGGACAUAAGUGUGGUUGGUUGUGUAAUGCAUUCAUUUGAUUGAUGUAUAUAAUAAUGGGACAAAAAUUAUGGAUUGUGCCAUUGUAGAGUGGAUUAAUUAGAGUUGAAUGUCAAUUCAUGAUGAUGUAUUGGAUAGUGUAAGAUAAAUUGUCCAAUCAGUAACGGGAGAAUCCAUUCAUAUUUUACAACCCAGAUAUGCAAUAGCAUAGUAGAAAACUAGUCAUUAAAAGUAAAAAAAAAUUGGCCCUUAAGAGGAUCCGAGAUAGAGAUCAAAACAUUGUAAAUCUGUGUCCAAGUAUAAUUUUCAUUACUUUGAGCUCUUUUUCGGUUUUGUUUUGUCUUGUAAGAAGCAAUUUGGCCCAUCUAAUCACAACCUUUAUUUGGUCUUCA